GACUAGCCAGAAAUUUUGUCUAUUCCACUCACCAUCCACAAGCUCUAGAUAGACACUUUGACACUAACAAAAAACAUCACACAAACUCAAUCACACCAUUCUCAUAAAAAUGGCAAUCUCCACUCUCCAACCACUAACCACACCCUCCAUUAACCAUCAACUAUUAUACACUACCAAAAUGUACAUGACCCCCACCAUCAAAGCAUCAUCCAUGCAUAAUUCCAACUUAAAGUCAACCACUACUAGUACUAGUACUCCAAACUCAAAGUCAAGCAAGAAAAAGAGACUAUUGGAGAUAGGCAUUGGGUUGUUAGCUGCAUCAAUGGUGGCAGUGUCAUCUCCACUUGAUGCAAAUGCAACAAGAAUUGAGUAUUAUGCAACUGUUGCUGAACCACCUUGUGAGCUCCAGUUUGCACCUUCUGGACUUGGUUUUUGUGAUGUUGCUGUUGGCUUUGGUGAACAAGCUCCUUAUUCUACCCUUAUUAAUAUUCAUUAUACUGCAAGAUUUGGAGAUGGGAUAGUUUUCGACAGCACUUAUAAACGUGGCAGACCUUUAACUAUGCGCAUUGGCGUUGGAAAGGUGAUCAAGGGACUUGAUCAAGGAAUCUAUGGAGGCGAGGGUGUUCCACCUAUGCUUGUUGGUGGAAGACGUAAACUUCAAAUUCCUCCAGAGUUGGCAUAUGGACCUGAACCUGCUGGUUGUUUUUCAGGUGACUGCAAUAUACCGGCCAAUGCAACACUCCUUUAUGACAUUAACUUUGUGAAUGUCUACUCGGGUAAUAGAAAGUGAUGAUGGCAAGCAAUGGUGCGUUAGAAUUAGAAAGGUAUAAAACUAUAAACGGCAGGCUGUUGGCUGAUGUACAAUUAAGUGAGUUUUUCUAUUAAAGUUGUUCAUCAACAAUCACAAGUAUUGAUAUGUACAUAUUGAACAAUUGUUCAUAUAAACUAGGAAAAUAAUCUAUCAGUUUAAAACAAAA